AUAAUUAUUUGUUGUAUAACAUACUCUUACUGAAAAACAUUAUAAAGUUCACUAAAUAAUGCUACCUGUCACUUUAAACAGUGUUAAAGACAGUUGACGUCAUUUUGGAAAACUGCAGUGCUCGCGGAUCGGCGGAAGGAAGUGGUUGUUAGCUGGCUGGCGUUAGCAAGCUACGUUUACCGAGGCUGUUGUUGAUUCUAUGGAAGAGAUGUCAGGAGAGACUGUGGUGAGCUCGGCAGUGCCAGCAACUACAACACGAACUACUUCUUUCAAAGGCUCCAGCCCAAGCUCCAAAUAUGUCAAAUUAAAUGUGGGCGGAGCGCUAUACUACACUACGAUGCAGACGCUUACCAAGCAGGACACGAUGCUCAAAGCUAUGUUCAGCGGCAGGAUGGAGGUGCUCACAGAUAGUGAGGGUUGGAUCUUGAUUGAUCGCUGUGGGAAACACUUUGGAACGAUCCUCAACUACCUUAGGGAUGGAGCAGUCCCACUCCCAGACAGCCGCCGGGAAACUGAGGAGCUUCUUGCAGAGGCCAAGUAUUAUCUUGUCCAGGGCCUGGCUGACGAGUGUUCUGCUGCCUUGCAGAACAAAGUAAGAUAUGAACCCCUUUGCAAAGUGCCUCUCAUGACAUCAUCUAAAGAAGAGCAGCGACUCAUUGCGACCUCAAAUAAGCCUACUGUGAAACUGCUGUGUAACAGAAGCAACAACAAAUAUUCAUAUACCAGCAAUUCUGAUGACAACAUGCUAAAAAAUAUUGAGCUGUUUGACAAGCUGUCAUUGCGGUUCAAUGGUCGAGUACUGUUCAUCAAAGAUGUGAUUGGAGAUGAGAUUUGUUGUUGGUCAUUUUAUGGCCAGGGCCGUAAGAUUGCUGAAGUGUGUUGCACUUCCAUUGUUUAUGCCACAGAAAAGAAGCAGACCAAGGUUGAGUUCCCUGAGGCACGAAUCUAUGAGGAGACCCUCAACAUCCUUCUGUACGAGUCUCAAGACGACGCUACCAUAGACCCUCCUGAUGAGCGAUAUCGUCUGGAUGAGGACGAGGAGCGAGAACGAUCUGAGCGAUUUCGAAGGUUUCAUAUCAAACGACCCGAUGACCGCACACACCACCACCACCAGUGACCUCUCUCCUGUGACACAGCUGCCUGUUCCUCUGACCCUGGACAGUGUCUGCACCAUGCUUGUGCCUUACAACACCCAGCACCUGUCUCUUUGCCUUCCCAGUUGUUACCAGCUUUUCUAGGCGAUCACUGUAACAUGAGUGUGUAGUAUUGAGGUGAUUGUGUGUUUUUGUUUCUUCUUGUCUUAUUUGUUAAGCACUCAGGCUCUAUAGUUUUCAGUUUGUAAGCCACAAUAAUGACAGGAGCUUGUAUGUUUGCAUUCAGCACAUCAGGCAACCAGUUCAAUCAGUGCGUUUGGAGAAGCAGAGAGAGCUGUCUGUAGGGGUUCUGCAAUCUACGUGAAAUACAGAAAAAUAAAAAUUAAACCUUAUAAUCAACUAAAAUUUAUAGAUUUUUCAGCUUUUUCCUCACUGUGGUUUAUACAAGUCCACGUUAAUGUCAUCAGUGGAUGAAACUGGUGUUUUACACAGAGCAGCCACAUGAUGGCAAUAUUCUACUAGAUGUUACCAUGGCUAUUUGUAGCCUGAUAAUUAAAAUUCUCUAAAAUAUUUUAUAUAGUUAGGGCAUCGCCAAAGGAACAAACAUUUUACUGAAGUGCUUGGUCUGUUUUUAGUUUUACCAUUGAUGUAUUUUUCUUUACUCCACUAAAAUCUUUUUUGUAUAAGUAGGGAAUUUGAUCUCUGACCCGAGGUGUUAAAUGUACCUGAUGGAAUGAUGUCUGCUGAGGUUGAAGUGAGUGAGUGCAAUUGGAGACCUCGGUACCAGGAAAGGAGUUCUGUCUACAAGUUCCUAACAGGGAGGUAAAGUCGACCUGUCCGUCAUUCACCAGAGACUGUACCGUUUGCACACUAUAGGUUUAAGUUGCAGGACUUGUAGGUAUGUUGUACAAAAGUAAACUUAAAAUGUUUUAUAUUUUAUACACUUU